UGUUCUGAGUUUUCAUCUAAAUGUGAGUUUGGCUGUGUGAGGUGUGGGACGGCAUGCUCACUGAGUCAAUGAGGUGAAACCCAUUUCCUUUAAGAAGAAACUGGUGGUUUCUUUUUCUUUUUUUUCUUCUCCGUCUUCUUGUGACACCAGUGAGCAAUAGUCACUUGAAGGCUCCUCACUACAUGACGGCCUGGAGUCUUUCUUUAGAGCACACAUGGACGUUGGGUCAACAUGAAGGGAUGCGUUGUGAAGAGCUGCAAAAAAGAAGAAGAAAAGUAACGCACAGGAAGUAGUGACUGGCGCUGUCAACAGCGCUUGUGUGUCUCUUCUGGGAAAAGUGCAUGUGUGAGGUGAGGCGGCGACCUGCGCUCCAGGACCAUGUCUCUCAAACUGCGCAACUGGGACUUUAGCACCUUCAAGGGUGACCCUCGAAUAGCACGAUCCAGGAGUGUGAAUCCUGAGCCCGGUCUGUGCCCGGCCUCGCCGCGCUCCUCCAGAUCCAUGGAGAGGCCGCUGAAGGCCGGCUGGCUGAAGAAACAACAGAGGUCUCUGGUGAAAAACUGGCAGCAGCGCUACUUUGUGCUGAGAGGAAGCACUCUGACCUACCACAAAGAUGACAAGGAGACCACCGUGCAGGGAGUCAUCCAGCUGCGAUUCAGUAAAGUCAAUGAACUUCCUCCGAGCUCUGAUGACCCAGGAAAACAUCUUUUUGAGAUCAUUCCACUGUUUGGAAAGAGUCUUGUAGACACUAUGGCGUACGAGAAGCGCUUCGGGUCCAGCACGGUGCCCAUCCUGGUGCAGAAAUGUGUGGAGUUUAUCAAGCAGCACGGGCUGGAUGAGGAGGGCAUCUUCCGCCUCCCUGGUCAGGACAAUGCUGUAAAACAGUUCAGAGAUGCCUUCGAUGCAGGAGAGAGGCCCUCCUUCCCCAGUGACACAGAUGUCCACACGGUGGCGUCGCUGCUCAAACUCUACCUGAGGGAGCUUCCUGAACCUGUGGUGCCCUGGACUCAGUACCAGGACUUUCUGGACUGCACCAACAUGCUGGAUUCAAACACCAAAGAGGGCUGGGCGAGGCUGGAGAAACAAAUUGCUCUUCUGCCCAGACUCAACUACAACCUUCUUGGCUACGUUUGUCAGUUUUUGUUUGAGGUGCAGCUCCACUCCAGCGUCAACAAAAUGAAUGUAGAGAACUUGGCCACUGUGAUGGGAAUCAACCUGCUCAAACCUCAAAUAGAAGAUCCCUUCACCAUGAUGAAGGCCACUCCUCAGAUCCAGAAGCUGAUGACAGUGAUGAUCAGACAGCAUGAGAGUCUGUUUCCUCCCAUCAAAGACCCGCCUCCCUCCUCUCCCCCUGUUAAGACUGAAAACCAGAAGAACAGUCCCCGUAGUUUUGUGGGCUGGGAGUCUGCAGAGAUGGGUGAUCCGUUUCUGUCCGAGUCUCCCAAAGAAGAGGAAGACGACGACAGUCCAGGUCCGCUCACAGGGAACUUCAGCCCACAGAUGGAGUGUCAGGAUUCUUUCUCCCCCUGCACAGAAGAGGGUCAGGGCAGUCCUCGCAAGCGCACUCAGACCCUCCCCACCUUCAUCUGCCCCCUCACGGGGAUGGCUGCCAAGGCAGACGCCCUCAACAAAUGGAGCAAGACCCAGGAGAGCAUUGAGGAGAAGAGCGGGACUUUGUCGGAAGACAUUUUUAAAAUCUUGGACCUGCGCAGCCCGUUUUUAGGAGUCUCCAAGUUCAGCAGAAAGGAAGAGGAGGAUAAGUCUGUGACCCGGAGGGGCAGCGAUAGCGCCGUGUCUUCUAAUGCCAGCUCCCAGAAACCUGAGAGUGACUCCCAGCCUACGGGGGGGCCGCCGUCUGAUCAGAAGACGGCAGAAGCCUCAAAAGAGGGCAGCACGGGGGUGCAGGUCAACAGCAGACCACAACAGAAGGAGGAGGAGCCACUUCCAGAGAGUUUGCAGAAGGAGAACAUGGAGCUGAAGGCCACCGUGGUGGAGCUCCAGGCUGCUCUGGAGGCAGAGCGCCGCCGCGUAGCUGCUCUGGAGAUCUGCCUAAAAAAUGCAGAGCGCAGUCGGGACGAGGCUCAGAGGCGCAACAGCGAGCUGCAAAGAGACAUUCAGCAGUUUCUUAUCGCAAAGAAACAAGCUCCAACUUAAGCCGUUUUCUCCCUGUAUUCUAUUGACUCAUUUCAUCAGACUGGAGCUGCUCAUCCGGCGUCUUUGUUGGAUUUUCUCUCCAAUUUUUAGUUUUUUUUUCCUUUCGACUACUCCCUCACCAUAGCGAAUCGAACUAGAACGUGAUUUGGUUUCGUUUUUUAGGACGGAUGACCUUCCUGACCUCUGUGUUUACCAGACUUGGGACCACCACAACGACACACUGGAGAGCACCUGAGGGUCUUCCAUCUACAAACCACCAGAUCGGAUCAGAUCAGGCGUGUCCAGGCUGGAACAGCCAGAUUUAUAUUUCAUCUCUGUUUUAUCUUGAAAAUAAGUUAUUAGGAUUUUUCUUUUUGCAUGUAAAAAAAAGUCUCAUUCAGAUGGAGUAAUAGAAGAAAAUGCUAUUAAAACAUACUUGUUUUAAAAAAAAGCUCAAGAAUAUUGGCCAAAAAUAUGAUAAAAGUCAAAUUGUUUAACUGAAGGGAAGCUAAAAUAAUAAAGCAUGAUGAAAACAAUGACACACAUGAAGAACUCUAGAAAAACACCUGAAUUUGUUUCCAUCCAUCCCUUUUCUUAGACGCUAUACCCCUCUCUGGGUCUGUUGGAGUCUGUCGCAGGGCACACAAUCACUCCCCACACCUAAAGACAAUUUAGAGUAAAUAAUUAACCCAUGAAGUGUCCAGAGAGAACAUGGAAACCCCACACAGAAAGAUCCCAGCUGGGAUUUGAACCAGGGCCUUCCGGCUGUGAGGGAAGAGCACUAACUACUGUUUCGCUGGAUUUAUGUCCAUGAAAAAAAAACCCAAAAAAAACAAAAAGGUUUCGCUUUCAAAAUAAAGUUUUUGCUAAAUUAAGGUAAGGUAAGUAACAGCUGUCAAGGGGUUACCAGACCUUGGUAUUCUUGUGAAAAAAA